AUGCACAUUCCAACUCUCCGAGCCAGUAGUAGCAAACCUCGUCGUUCCGACGAACUGAUAAAGGAUCAAGUCCGAUCGUGCCAAAAUGUGGACAUGUUCAUGCAGUCGUCGGAUCGAUUAAAGGGAACCCAACAAGACUUGGCACUCUUUCAUCGACAUGAGAUUGAAGUAGGAUCUCUCGUGGGUGCGGGAUCCUUUUCCGAAGUCUACGAGAUUACCUCCUUUGGAACAGCAGUGCCUUCCAAUAAGAAGAGCAACAAGUGGAGCAAAUCAUCUGCGGUAGCACCUGAUGCCAUCGGCACAACUACCACCACAACAACAAUGGACCCCGUCCGCCGACGCCGACGCAAUCAACUCGUUGCCGAACAUGAAGAUAACACCAGAGAUCAAAACCGCUACGUCAUCAAACAGCUACAUUCCAAGCUGCUCAGCGACCCCAAACUCUUUCGUCGAGCUGUCAAGGACAUGGCUACCGAAGCCAAAAUCAUGUCACGUCUCACCAACCAUCCACACAUUGCCCAUCUGCGAGCCACUGCCAUUGGUGGCACUAGCGCUUUGGAAAAUGGACAACACAAUAGCUACUUUUUGGUUCUAGAUCGUCUGGUGGAGACACUGGAAGAUCGCAUUGUGCGAUGGAACCAAGAAAAGAUUGCCAUGGGACCUUCCUACUACCUGGACAGUGCCACCAAUGAUGCCAAGAUGGAUCUCAAAACAAACUAUGCUUGGCAGAUUGCUUCCGCACUCGACUUUUUGCAUCAGAAUCACAUUAUCUUCCGCGAUUUGAAGCCUCAAAAUAGUGGCUUCAAAACAGUCAACCCGGACCAUCCAGAGCAGGAUGUCGUGGCACUUUUUGAUUUUGGCUUGUCCCGGACUCUCCCCGCACCCGAACAAGCCAAUGAAGACGGUCUCUUUCGCAUGUCCAUGGUGGGAACCAGACGCUACAUGGCACCUGAAAUUGUCACCACCCGUACCUACAAUGCCAAGGUUGAUACUUACGCCUGGGGACUCGUCUUUUACGAGCUAGUCUCGCAACAACGACCCUACGAUGGUAUGCAACGGGGCGAACACAAGCAAUACAUUUGCAUUGAUGGAAAACGACCCAAGCUGUAUUCCUACUAUGGGUUGCCUGCAGAACUGGAGCGUCUCAUUCGGUUGUCAUGGGCACAAGAUGUGUCCCAGCGCGUCACUAUGGCCGAAGUGUGCCGUGUUUUGGAAAACUACCUCGCAGGGACCAUUCACGAAAAUGCCGUCCAAGAGAUUUCUACUCGCAGCGGUCCCUCCCAAGAUGCCAGUGUUUCUUCCUUGCUCACGGGCCAAACGGAGCAAACCGAGUCUACCGAAGAGUCUCUUUCUUUUGAAGAGGAGGAGGGAUCCAAUACCAACUCGGCAUCAUCGUCAUCACAGUGUAGUCUUCGACCGGCCGCAACCGUUGCAAUUUCAACCAACGCCAUCAUUCCGAGUGAUGUCUCGGAAGCACGAGCCGAUGUAGCCGAGACAGUCCCACAAGCCAUUUCCGUUUCCGCGUCCACUUUGAUACUACAACACGACACGAGGAACCCCGUUGCUCCAGAAGAACAACCCACAAGACGGCACCGAUUGACGUUUUGUGAACGUAUCACCAACAUUUUCAGAUACAGUGUCCGCAUGUUUUGCUAA